AUGUCAGAAAACAAAAUUUUAUAUGUGGAAGGAGAAACAAAAGUCUUUGAUACUGAUCACGAGAACAUCCGAGUAAAGAUUGAAGUGUUAAAUGAAGACGUCGCGAGGGUUUUUCUUGUAGAUAAAAAUGAUAUUCCAAUUGACGAUUUAGAGCGGAGCUCAUGCCAAGGCAUAGAAAAUGUAGUUUUUAUGAAUGUAGCGACUAAAAAUAAAGUUUCAACUGUACUCGUUGAGAAUAGAAAAAGUUAUCUCAUAACUUGGAUAAAUAGCUACGAGUUAUCUGUCGAUGGUAGGAGAAUUUUUAUGUUAAAACAACGGAAAGAGCAAAGUGGUGAGAUUAUACCAUCAUCAUUGGCCAGCUAUUUUCAAAAGAAAAAAAAUCGAAAUGGAGAGUAUUAUAAUAUUCCCGGUAGUAGCAAGGUAGACUUUUGGAAUAAUAUUGCAAUUACAAUCAACCAACGAUUUGAGACUACCUAUACAGGACAACAAUGUAAUAAUAGAUUUCAGAAUCUUGUUAGAGAUUACAACUCGAUGUGCCAAUACAUAGCUGGCAGUAGAACCGGGAAGAGGAGCAGAGCAGGUGAACGUUUUUUUGAAGAUUUUAAUUCUCAUUUUUGGGAGAGGCCUGAAACCCCAUUCGACAUAUUGCAUAAUACAAAUACAUCCACCAAAAGACGUCGCCGUAACCGUACCCCACCACCAUCUUAUGAAGUGUCAACAAUUCUAAGUACGAGUCGCCGUGAAUCUACCACUAAUCAAAGGAAUCGAUCCGCAUCACCCACUCAAAGAGCGACUAGUGAAAGGAAUGAGAAUACCACUGAAACGGCCACCACCAAUAAUAAUCAAGAUAAUAUAAGGAAUGAGAAUACCAGUGAAACAGUCACCACCGGUAAUAAUCAAGAUAAUGGAAACAAUGUAAAUAAUGUUAAUGAUGUGAGUGGGAAUUCAGGUCAUAACGUGAAUGAUGUAGAUGAAAAUUUAGAUAAUGCUACAUACUUAUCUUCAUCUGAGUUGGCAAAUAUUACCACAUCCCUUAAUAUAUCUGCAUCACAAAAUGACAGUGAUGUUAGUAUGUUCGAUGUUGAAGAUUCGAGACAAUUGAUUCAUAAUGUGAUCACGGCUAUAAAAAAUGAGCUUGAAGAGAAUUCAGAGAAAUAUAGAAAACUUAAUGAGAUCCCUUUUAAGAAUCUUAAAACCAGAUUGAGUAGAUAUCCAGAGCCUGCAAGCACAGGUUUAAUCAUUAUUGUAUUAAUCCUUAGACGCAUGGGGAAGUCUUCUUUGUCUUGGUUUGAGAUGGAUAUUAUAUACGAAUUAUGUGAAUUGUCAUCUAUGUGCUGGCCACGCAUAGUUGGUGUGUGUAGCCUUAGAGAUAUUGAUUUUGCGAAGCGAGAUGAAGAGGUGUCUAUUGAGGAGAUUGAAAUGAAUUUACGGAAAUUAAAGUUGAAUCUUGGUAAAAGUUCAGCUCCAUAUGCCAAAAAAUUAAGCAAAUACCUUAAAAAAAUCAAACCUUCUGACCUUUCAUGGAAAGAUCCAAAAGCAAGUCAAGUAAUUAGUUACGAUUCGGAUAUUAUACAGCACUUAUCUGUGGAGGCAGAAAAUGAAUAUAAAGAUUUUAUGGAGCCAGUAGAACAUAUGGAGAGAUUAACCCCUCAUCGUAUCAGAGAUGUGUGUGAUGAAUUUGUGAUGACUUAUAGCAAUACCUUAUAUGAGGAAAUACCUAUUGAACUCUCACAUGGAAAUUGGGAUGAGUCGGAAGAAGUUCUCGAAGAAAUUGCAUCUGGAAUUCUCGAUAUAAUAGGUGAUGUUUGGAGGAAUCCAGCAUUUGGAAAUAAGUUUAUUAAAUCUCAGAAUGAAGGAACAUAUGUUACAGAUAUUAUAGUUCCUAUGGUGAAAGCUUCAUUAAAAAAAUUACCAAUAAAAAGUUUCGCUUUUGUUAGCACUAUAGCAAGUAAAGAUCAAAGAGGAAAGACUGGCAAACGUCCUGACAUUAUGUUUAUGGUGAAGCGUGGGAAAAAAAUCUAUGAAUUAAUGUUUGCUGAAUGCUCCUGUAUUUUUUGUGAUAAAGAUAAGGAAGAAAACGAUUGGGUAAAAUUAUGGCGAGAGAUGAAUGACAGUAUGUAUUGGGUACAUAAAGGCUGUAAACCAAAAAAAGAUGAAUUCGGAAUUAUUGGGAUACAAAUUGCUGGACAAAAACUUCAUCUGAAUAUCCUUAUUCGAGAUAAAGAUGAUAUAAAUAGGCUUUUUAGAUUACGUUCAAUGGAUAUCCUGAUACAAUUCACAGAUAGAGAUACUGUUUAUAAUUUUGUGGAGAUAUUAUUGCUAUUUCAGAGAAUCCUAAUCGUCAACCUAUCACUAUUAUUAAAUGCGGAUCAUGAUUCACAUGGAGAUAAAGAAGAUAGUUCAACAGUAUCAUCCCCUCCAUAUGAAAAUUAA